CUUUCCCUUUUUCUUCAUCCGAGCUGCGUUGCGUCAUGACCUUUACACGUAGAUGUCAUGAAGUUAGAAGACCGCGACGCCAUCAAGAUGGCGGCUACGACGACCACUGAGGAACAAACGCAAAGGAGCAAGGGAAAACUCUCAGCUUACGAACCUCCCCACAUACACUCCGAGUCGCGACACGCCCGAAAAAUGUCCCAGACUUUCGCGGCUCAUGGGACGUAUCCUGUGGCUCAUUGGCGACAGCAUGACCAAAUACGUGGUGACAGUCCGCCAUGCGAUCAGCCUGAGCUCGGCGGUUCAGCACCUAAGCCGUUCAACUCCAUACAUGUAAUGGGACAAAAACCAUUCGAUCACAGCAAUGCGAACAUGUGGAUGGGAAACGAGGGUGGGCACCCGAACCAAAGCGGCUUGUCACAACACAAGUCUGUCUCUGUAGCAGAGUCUGGGCCUCUUCGGGACGCUAUGAACAACCCUUUCGAGCAGAAAUUGGAAAUAGCCCAAUUCGCCCAAAUGGCCGACUUCGGUUCCUCUGAACCAGAAUUGAUCCCGGGCACGAAUCCACCUGCAUAUGCGUAUCCGCACAGCACGUCCUACAUCGGAGAUGCCUUUCACGACCGGUUUCGUGAAGUGGUGAGCAUGUUUCGGGAAAACACCGAGAAACAUCACCAACUGGCGCCUUUUGUGCAGAACAUCGACUAUACCCUCAGAAUGUGCGGUCCUUCGUACACGGCCGCGCAUCCCUCUAUAUUGGUGUUCUGCCGCAAGCAAGAGUUCAAAUGUCUUCGUUCCCUGCUCGCCAGCAGAGAGCUUGCACUACAAUACCUUCGCAGGAAACCCGGAAAGACCAAUGACUUUCUAGGAUGGUUUCGAAAACCGACCCUAGAGUGCAUGGGUACCCCCUUGUUUGACUUGUAUUUCUGGCGUACGACCCGGCCCCGGACUCUUCUCGGACAGCACAACGCCAGGAUUCAGUUCAACCAUGGCCUCAAGUCAUGGUCGGUGCCGGAAAUACCUUACACGUAUUCACUCUGUGGCGCUGUGGUAAAGCCGUUUGCCAAUAUUGGGUCCUCGACAUUUGGUUGUGCGCUUCUGGUCAACUCGGAGCUAUACGGCCUGACCACGAGGCACAACGUCAGUAUAACUCAGGGCGUGUUGCCCGGUCGCCGUGUCGCCGAAGUAGACUUGGGUCCUAUUGCGGAAAACGAAUCGACUCCCGUUUCGAAUUUGUUGCAUCCCGAUGCCAGCACCGCCGCCAGCGGCCAUUGCGAGUUUGUAGUUGACGACAUCGAAUACGAAAGCUUAUCUGACGACGAAGGCGAAGAGGACAUAGUGCUGCCUGUGGUCCUGCCAGAGGCUUCACCGGAUGAGCUAUCGCCAGACGGUCUUGACGUCCUACUAAUUCCGCAUCAGGAUGAACUGGGUCCGACUAGCAAGUACGAUCUGGACUGGGCACUCUUCAAAGUGGACGGGCUAGUAGGUCUUGAGCAUGUAAACCAACGCCUUGUCAACCACACCCGUGUCCCCGGCCGAGGAGUGAUAAGGCACUAUGCAAGAGCUUGCCCGACAAGAGACACGUCUGUUUUUUUGGUCACCCGUGGCGCGGAACCGCUGCAGGCAACACUUCGACCUGGAAUCUCGAUCAUUGGGGGGAUCAACGGAAACAAGGUCUCCCCGGUCUGGACCGUUGGCCCAGUCAAGGGUCAAGGGUUGGGGCCAGGCGACUCUGGCUCCAUUGUGGUUGAUGCAACUGACGAUUCGAUCUACGGCCUCAUCAUCGGAACAAAUCCCAUGGAUGAGGUCUAUAUCAGUCCAUUCGUCGAAAUCAUGAACCAGGUACAACACUGCUUCCCUCACGCGAGCAUUUCGCUUCCGGAGCCCGAACCGUCAUCUAUUGCCCACCUCAACAACACAUCGCCCUUUUAUAGUUCGUUGCUUAUGCCGGAUGCUGGACUUCCAUAUCCGCAAUCUUCUUCGUAUCUCAACUGGACGGAUUACACCUCCGGUCACGACCCUCCGAAUUUAGUUCAACGGUUCACAGCGCAUCAACUGCCGCCAGCUCAUCUAUUUACAGCUCGAGGACUGUGAGCUCGGUGUACACAAGUACUAGCAGCCACGUAGGGCGCUCGCCAGAGCUGUACAUCACUUCUUCUAUCCCCCGAAAGGUAAGGGGGAGGAGAACGGGUCCCUUAUCAGCCGCCUCAAAGAAGGCAGCGAGAAAGAGGCGCGAAAGCGGAUCAGUAUGUGUUCGAUGCAAGUUCAAGCGCAUACAGGUAAGUAGUUGGCACAUCCAAGGUAUACUGGACGCCCUGAACUCACACACCACAGUGCGACCGCGUGGACGAUGGACACGCGGUGUGCUCCCGUUGCGACAAGCAAGC